UCUAGCUCUUCCCAUCCUAGUUAUCACCUGAUAAGCUCCACAAAACCCAUUAACAUGUUGAAGCUCGCAACCAUUCUGGUGACAUUGUUGGUCGCCUUGAGUUCUGCCUAUCCAAGGUCAUCCUUGAGGGUUCCUGGAGGGGGACGAAUUGUUGGAGGAGAGGAUGCCACCGUGGGUCAAUUUCCGUACCAGUUGAGCUUGACCAUGGCUGGCUCAAUAAUCUGUGGGGCUUCGAUUAUCUCACCAAACUUGGCCCUUACCGCCGCUCAUUGUGUCAACCGAGCCCAACCCUCUCAAGUUCAGGUCAUCGCUGGUCGCCAUCUGAGAACAACUCCCGCACCGAAUGAGCAGAUCAGACAGGUCACGAGGAUCGACGUUCACGAGAAUUACAAUGGAAACACGUAUGCAAAUGAUAUUGCUCUUCUCCACCUCUCCACAAGCACGCCCUUCGUGUAUGACGACGUCGUCGGAGAAAUUGCACUCCCCACGCGGGAACAACAGACCACCGGAGACACCGUUGUUUCCGGAUGGGGUCGACUCACAUCUGGUCUUUACCCGACCGUUCUUCAGUGGGUCCAAGUCCCACAUGUGAGUGACGCACAGUGCCAACAACUCUAUCCCGAGGAGACUAUCCUGCCUUCCAUGUUGUGCGCUGGGCUUAUUGCGGGAGGGAAGGACUCUUGUCAAGGCGAUUCUGGUGGUCCCCAAGCCGCCGUUAAUGGAGGUUAUCUGGCCGGGAUUGUUAGUUGGGGAUAUGGCUGUGCUGCACCAAAUAGACCCGGCGUGUACACCGAAGUCAGCUAUUUCAUCGACUGGAUUGAUGCACACAGGAAUUAAAGGUUCAAAAUUAUGACAACCAUUCCUCUCGCUAAUUGAAAUUAAAUUUUCUGCCCUACUUACUUAUUCUACUCACUCACAUUCCUCUAUUUUAUUCAGUUGUAUUAAAGAAUUGUGCGUAAUAAA